CGGAGCGACGCCUCGCGCUGCGGCGGUCAGCGAGUGCAAGUGUGCGAUAUCAGCGGCAGCGGCUCUGUCUGGAGCUCACACUGUAAAUUACAGAAGCCCCCUCCUCUGGAAGACGGUGUUUCUCCCAUUAUGGGCGACAAGAAAAGCCCAUCAAGGCCAAAAAGACAAGCCAAGCCCUCUGCAGACAACGGAUUUUGGGACUGUAGCGUCUGCACCUUCAAAAACAGUGCAGAGGCAUUCAAAUGCAGUAUAUGUGAUGUGCGGAAAGGUACAUCUACAAGGAAACCUAGGAUAAACUCUCAACUCGUGGCACAGCAGGUUGCUCAGCAGUACGCCGCUCCACCCCCAGCCAAAAAAGAAAGGAGAGAAAGGUCAGACAGAGACCUGCCCGACGACGAACACUUCGACAUGGACAACUCUGACUCGGACAGACUCAGCAGUCUCCACCCUGACUCCGACCAUCCGGAGAGAUUAUGUCUUGAUGGAGGUCAGCCGGACAGAGGACAUUCUCCGAAGGAGCGGAGACCGGAGCGCGUUUUGGAGAAACACCAGCAGAUCGAUGCAGACAGGAGGCCCGAGAGAUCGGAGCUGACCCAGGAUCUGCUCCAUCUCAACAGAACGGACGGAGAACACACAGACAGAGGAGCGCUGGAGAAACUUCAGCCCCACAGGGAAAACAUGGACAAAGAGCAUCCGCACACAGCAAGCUCCGGGAUGCAGCCGGCAGAGAGGAUGGGCGCAGAGAGAGAGGAGCUCAAAAAAGGAAAGAUAGAACGAGCCAUAAUGGAAAAACACAAGGAGAGACACAAAAGCCUCACACCUAGUAAAAAACCCACCGCCAAGAAGAUAAAGCCCAAACUCGUUCAUAAAGGUCCAACUGGUGAAAGUAACGGCGUGAAAUCUGGCAAGUCAGUGACGAAGAAUAACAAAUCUAUAAUUUCACGACCUAAACUGAAGAACAUAGACAGAAGCUCCGCCCAGCAGCUCGCUAUAACAGUGGGCAAUGUGACUGUCAUCAUCACAGACUUUAAGGAGAAGGCUCGCUCCUCCUCCACCUCCUCAUCUACUGUCACCUCCAGUGCUGGCUCUGAGCAGCAGCACCUGAGCUCCAGCUCGGAGAGCACAGACAAGGGCUCCUCCCGCGCCUCCACCCCUAGGAGAGACCACUCGUCUGGGCAUAAUGAGACCCUGUGAAGGUCAAGGAGAUUUUGACGCCGGAGCUCCUACAUCCACACAUGUAACUGUUAUAGUCACCUUAUGUGGAGGAGGGAUCUUUCCAACCCAUCUAGACAUUGCCCAUCAUGACACACAGGCGGACAUUACCUGUUUGAAACCCUCGUGGAGCACCCUGUAGAUCGAUGUGUUGAUGUUGGUGCGAGUCACGUCGAGACCCAAUGUAUAUUCUGUGCCCUAUUCUUACCAGAUAAUAACCCUGUUUGUGCGUCACAGAUAUGAGCGCUCCAAGUUUGCAUUAUUAUUGUUCAUUGUCAUCAAAUUGUGCAGACGGUUUUGACUUUGUGUUUAGAAUUUAGGAUCGUUUAUGCUAAAUGUAUCAGCUUCUUUCUCCAUCCUCAAACUCAAAGUCAAUGAUCUGUUCUUGCAGCUGUUUGUAGAAAGUGAGCUAUCGAUGAGAAGAUCAUGCUGUGCCACCUCGUGAAGGGAGAUUUGUUCCCUUAAUAUUUCAUAUGACAAACUCUUUUGUGUGUUUACAUGGUGGAAACACAAACUGUGAUUAUGUGAGUUUACAGUAUUAUAAAUACAUGGCCAACUUUGAAAUCCAUACAGUGUACCAUGUAGACAUAUUUUGUGGUUCACAAGAUGAUAAGAGAGAAUUUAGAAUAUUGAUCUUUAUCUUUCUCUGUUUUUAGACUUUGCAUAUUUCUUGUUAAAGUAUAUCAGGAUUCACAGGACUGUCAGUUAUUAGUUAAUGGGAACAAUUUAACAAGAAUCCUGCAGUUGUUAGAAUAUGAUGCAGGUUAUCGGUGACAUUUUGAAGGAUUUAUACUAUGUCUUAAUGGUCUAUUUAAUGGAGAUCUCCGCUGAUAAUGGUCAUCACUAACAACAGUUAAAUCAGAUUGAGAGAAAUGUAGUAUUCUGUACUACUUUUAGUAGAGAUGUUUUCUGACAGUUGCAUUUGAAUCAUUGUACAAUUGGCUUUCUCCUGCCCAUAAGAAACAUUUAGCACAGAUUUACACACCCAUCAUGACCUUUGUUAAAAAUCUAGAAGCUUACGAAGCAAAUAAAAUUCUUCUUAAACUUACAAUUGUCUCAUAGCAUCUUGGGAAUCUCAAUGUAUUCUUAAUGUGUGCUACUUGAAUAUGCUAAAUCCUUGAGACCACAAACCAGUCAUAAGAGUUGUAAUGGCAUAAUGAGAUACAUCACCUGAAAGCUGAAUAAAUAUGGCUAGCUUUGUACUGAUGUAUGUAUGGGUUUUGUAGGAUAGGACAAUAUUUGGCUUAGAUACAAGUAUUUGAAAAUCUGGUAUCCGAGGGUGCAAUAUUAUAUUGAGAAAAUCACAUUUAAAGUUCUCCAAAUGAAGUCCUUAGUAACACAUAUCACUAAUGAUAAAUGCAUUUUUUAUAUAUUUACCGUAGGAAAUUUACAAAAUAUCAUCAUGAAACAUGAUUGUUACUUAAAGGGAUAGUUCACCCAAAAAUGAAAAUUCUGUCAUUUUCUCACCCCCAUGUUAUUUUAAUAAGUUUAUUUUUAUUUGGUGAACACACAAGAAGAUAUUUUGAUAAGUAAUGGUAAGCACACAUGUAUUUGUAACCAUUAUCUUCCAUAGUAGGAAAACCAAAUAUUAUGAAAUUUAAUGUUUACCAUCAACUUACCAUUAUUGAUCAAAAUAUCAUCUUCAUUUAUUACAAUACUUCCAUUAUAUUUGUUUUCCUACUAUGGAAGUCAGUGGUUACAAUCAGCUCUGUACUUACCAUCAUUUAUCAAAAUAUCUUCUUUUGUGUUCAUGAAUAUAAAAUAAAAAACUCACACAGGUUUACAACAACAUGAGUAUGAGUAAAUGACAGCUUUUUUAUUUUUUUGGUGAACUAUACCUUUAUUAUAUAAAUUUUGACCCAUACAAUGUAUUGUUGGCUAUUUCUACAAAUAUACAUGUGCUACUUGUGACUUUUUGGUUUAUGGUUUUGUGGUCCAGAGUCAUGUAUUUCAUUUACUGAUUUUGAAGUGUCAUUUCAUUGAUAAUCUCCUUAACUUGAAGUCUGGGGCUCCAAAAAUGCCAGCAGAUCCAAAUCACUGUUUUCUGCUACAUGUUACACUGAGAUGCUCUUAUUUUGAAAUAUUCAGCAAUGGUUUUAUUUUGUAAUUUAUUAAUUUAUUAUUGCAGACAUUAUAAUCAAUAAACAAAUGGUAAUGACUUCCAUAUCAAUAUA